UCUUGCUAUUUCUUUGCAGAUACGGAGACAUGGUCCCUAAGACCAUAGCAGGAAAGAUCUUUGGCUCCAUCUGUUCUCUCAGUGGGGUGCUGGUCAUCGCUCUGCCUGUUCCCGUCAUCGUUUCCAACUUCAGCCGCAUCUACCAUCAGAACCAGAGAGCUGACAAGCGCCGGGCUCAGAAAGUUCAGAAAGCCCGACUGUCCCGAAUGAGAAUUACCAAGAGUGGCAGCUCUAGCGCCUUCCCGCAUAGCAAACGGAAUGGGCUCAACCAGUCACUGGAGCUAACGCAGCUCCCCUAUUACAAGAUGAAACUUUCACCACAGGGCUCCUUGGAGGAGGACCAACAACUGAAGAAGACCACAUCUCUGCUGGAGAGUCAACAUCACCAUCUUCUGCACUGCCUGGAGAAGACCACGAAUCAUGAGUUUGUGGACGAGCGGCUGUAUGAACAAGGGUACCUGCAGACAGCACUACAGAACUUCCCAUCGCAGAGUCCAUCUCUCUCCAGUGAAGAGGGCAUCACUGGCACCUGCUGCUCUCGGAGAACCAAGAAGAGCAUGCAGCCUCUCAGUGCCACACACACACACUCACACACACACAACCUGCAGGAGCUCAGCGCAUUACAUAUCCAGUGUGGGGAACAGCAACCACUAAACACCAGUCGUUCCAGUCUCAAUCUGAUGUCGGAUGAAUCAGGGAGUCUGAACUGCAAGAGCAGUGGACUGGUUACCACGGCAAUCAUCAGUAUCCCAACCCCUCCCUCGAACAACUAUCGAGCCAGUCCCGACGCCCCAACCCCUCCCAACCCCGACGCUCCGCCUCUUCCGAACCCUGGCACUGAUGUGGUGAAAAUCUCUGCGCUGUAGGAGAAAACAGAACUCAGGAAGAGAAACUGAUGAGUAGCCUGCCCCCUAGUGGGAGAAGGAGUGCACGGACUCGGACUCUGAAAAGAAAUAGAAGAUCAACAACGAUGCGUCUGUGUAAAUGAGAGAGAGACGGCGAAAGCAAAGCAGGACAGCCAUGAGUAUUCGAUCACUCUCCAUCAGGACUGAUAUAGAUGAGGGUGUCACUGUGCAUAAAACAUUUCUUCUUUUUCCUCUUAGUUUUCUGUUGGGUCAUAUAGCCUACUGUUUUUUUUAAUUAUUAUUUUGAAUGUUUUCAUCCGUGAGUACUGUUUGUUUAUUAUCAGUCCGUUAAUCUGUUCCAACAUCGCAGACAGCCUCUCAAAGCCUCGGCUUUCUUUAUCCCAACUGAGUUGUAUUUUGAUCUAGAGUAAAUUCCUAAAGGAUAAGAGAAAAUCUUCUUAGGUUGGAGACCGUAUGAGUGUGACAGCGUUUCUUAGACUGUGCUAAGUUUUUAUUUUGGGAAUAUGUGUGAUUGGUCAGAAUAAGGUCUAACUUGAAUGUUUCUGCCCCGUGUGUGUGUGUGUGUGUGAGCAUGUGUGUAAGAAUUACUGAAUUGUCCCUCCAACUCUCAGCCUCUCACACAGUUCGUGCCUCUCAGAGGAAGGAGAGUUUCCUUCUUCUUUAAGCCACUGUCUCUCCCUGAGUCCAAAACGUUGAGCCGACUUUGUAACGUUAGUUGUGACCUAUCAGACAUUACUAUGUAAUAUAGAACCAAAAAAGAGAGAGAGAGAGAAGAAGAAGAAACAUGAGUGUUUUUCAAAACUCUGUGACUACAAGCACAAGGCAUCGCUGAGAUUUUGUGAUUACAAUGUGUAUCAAGCCUUGGUUUAACUGUGAAUAUUGUUGAUAGAAUAUUUUGUAACAUUUAGCCAUUGUUUGGCGAAACCAGAGCAGCUGCCUACCCCGCCCCCUUUUGGUCCGCCCCGCCCCUUUAUGUCUGUCCCGCCCCUUUCCUCUGUCCACUGCUGGCCUGCUUCCUGUAGUUGUUCUGAUCUAAGUGUUAUUGUCAUUAUCGCUCAAUGGGUAUUUAAAAAUGUGUCUAGUUUGCGUAAAACUACAUGGGUAGGAAACUUUUGAUGUUUGUGUUUUUCAUUAACAGUGAAUGUUUUUGUUAUCUAGAUUUCCAGUCAUACGUUGCUGUUAGAGGAGAAACUGUCAACCGUGCGAAUCAAUUAGAGAUAUUCUCCACCUCUUUUCUCUCCCUCCUUUACGGUCUUUGUCCUUAUUUGUCAGCCAUGUUCACAAGAAUGGCAUUGCCAAUGAGAAAACUUGUGGUUGUCAGUGGAAAAUCCCUGUUUCAUCUGUCGUUUACAACUCACUGCCAGCAAACCGCAUGAUCCCCAGAGCUCCACUUUCUGUACCAUAACCCCGAUCCCAGGACUCUAAACCCCACCCAUCUCCUUCAACCCCACUCACUUGUGCCUCUUACACCAGCAUACAUAGAAAGUGCCCCCUCCAUCCCUCCCUCCCCUCAGGACGUUAUUGCUCCAGGGCCAGAGUUUUAGUGUUCAGUGCAAUGAAACACACACUAGACCUCAUAUCCAUAUAUUUAAUCUUGUUUUGGCCCUUUUUAGAUAGAAUAAGCCAUAUUUUCCAGAAAGAAACAUACGAUUAAAUAAUUGCAUAACAGAUGCAUAUCCUAUACUUGAAUUUUAAAGCCGAAGUGGAAGUCCAGUUACACAAACACGAGUUGGACAUGACACCAGUAUUACAGGGAAAAGCACAUUGUGACAUUUAGGAAUAUCAGGGUAUCCGGCCCACACCGUUCUUACCGAAAUCUUCUUUGAUGGCCCAUGUGUUCAUAUGAUGAUUAUCUUCCUGUUUGUUGUACAUACAAUCCAUAGCAAAUCUCUAAUGAUCUGAUUUUAUGGUCCAAAUGAUGUUUGGUCCCUUUGUGAUUUAGUGAUUUCCAUGUGUAAAUAAUAGAUUAAAAAAAUGAUCUAAUGUUUAAUUAAUGAGGGGAGAAGGCGUGGCCAAUAUAUUCUAAAUUUUAAGAUAAUAAAUGUUGAGUAUUGGAUCACCUGUGGUCAUUGGCGAGCAGUAAUGUGUUGGAGUUUUUCUUUUGCUUCGUCUUUACUUCCAGCCCAGCAGGGGACACUACAGAACCAUCGUGUAAUAGAAGUGACUCUAGAAUCCUAACAGCUUUGUAAUAAUUCAUUUGUGCAGUUCCUUCAGAUGAAUUAGUUGUUUUAAAUAUAUUAGCCUACCAAGUGGAGAUCUGUAUGUGCGCAUCUACAUACCUGUUGAGGGUCUUCUUUCUUCCUCUGUGUGUCUGUGCUUGUUUAACUCUUUCGCUUCCUUUUUUUUUUUAGAUAGUCUUGUUGUUCUAUUCAGCAGAUUCCUGUUCACUGUCAGAUGUUAAAUAUUAUUUAUGAUCUUGUCUUGUGUCACAGUUGUGAAACGCCUGAUAAAUGAAUUGUAUCUGCCACAAAUA